AUGACUUCAACUGCCGUGAGGGUGGCACUACGUGUCCGACCACUGACACAAAAGGAGCAACUUGCCAACUGCACAGAAUGUCUUUCGUAUAUACCCAACGAGCCUCAAAUAUUGAUCGGCACCGACAAGUCCUUCACCUACGAUCAUGUGUUUGAUACCAACACCCAUCAAGAUACUGUUUACUCUGUCGCAGCAGGUCCUUUGGUACAGAAAUUUAUGGAUGGAUUCAAUGCAACCAUUCUUGCUUAUGGACAAACGGGUUCGGGCAAAACUUAUAGUAUGGGAACUGGGCUGGAGAACAGCGGUGACCCAGAAAAUGAAGGCAUCGUACCUCGUUGUAUCUAUGAGCUCUUUGAAAAGUUGGAUCAACAAGCCCAAGAACAAGAAGGCUUUUCUUAUGAAGUCGCCGUCUCCUUUUUGGAAUUAUACAAUGAAGAGCUGAUCGAUCUGCUGAAUCCAUCCACCGCUCAGAAAAGAAAGAGUCUCAAUGGCACCGUGACACACACCACCGAAGUAUCCAUUCGUGAAGACAUUGCUGGCAACAUUUAUUGGAGUGGUGUACGAGAAGAACCUUGCCAUAGCCCUGAAGAAUUACUUGGAUUUCUUGCAAAGGGAUCCUUAUGUCGUACAACUGGAUCUACCGAAAUGAAUGCCGUUUCUUCACGAUCCCAUGCCAUCUUCUCAGUCAUUUUACGACAACAUCAACCUGAUCAAGAGCAAUCCACAUCGCUUACCAGCAAAUUCCAUUUUGUCGAUUUAGCUGGUUCUGAAAGAUUGAAACGCACCAAUGCACAAGGAGAUCGUGCACGAGAAGGCAUUGCUAUCAAUUCAGGAUUAUUGGCUCUUGGCAAUGUCAUUUCAGCCUUGGGUGAUGAAGCCAGACGAACGACGCAUAUCCCUUACAGAGAUUCUAAACUGACAAGACUGCUGCAAGAUUCCCUGGGUGGAAACAGCCAAACAAUGAUGCUUGCAUGUGUAUCACCUGCCGACACCAAUUUCAUGGAGACAUUGAAUACGCUCAAAUACGCCAAUCGUGCACGCAACAUAAAGAAUCGAGUCACCAUCAACCAAGAUUUCGCUGGUAGUUCCAUUGAAGUCAAUCAACUCAAAGCACUCGUGGGUCGAUUACGCAUGGAAAUUGCUGCAUUGCGUGCUGAAGGUGGCAACGGCGGAGGAUCUUCUUCUUCCAACAACAACAACAUGGCCCAUGAAGAUCAAAUACGAGCACUUAAGAGUGAAAUUGGACGACUACGUGAACGCAUCGAUGACAUGUCAGCCAACAUUAUUCAAGUAUCCAGCGAACGUGAUACUUUGUUAAUGGAGCGUGAAUUGGAUGAAUUUAUCAAUGAUGGCGGCGACCAUGAUGAUAACAACAGCAACAGACCAGCCAUUACACAACAUCCAAUUAUUGCUCAAUAUCAGAAAAAGAUUCAGGAUUUGACAAAUGAAUUGGCUGAUACGCGCGAUCAAUUGGCUUUUGCAACAAGCGUCAAACCUACAUCUACCAACAUGUUAUCACGACCCCGUGCUGAACCAAGCUUGUCCACAGGACAACGUCGUCGUCGACAACAUCGAAGAAAACGUGGUGGUCGUAUGAGCGCCUCUUCGAGUAGCACAACCACAGCCAUUCGACCUUCGAGAGCGGCAUCGAGACAAGCUGCAAAGAAAAAGAAGCAAUCGACCAUUGUAUACUCGGAUAUUGAAGAAGAUGAAGGCUUUGUCAAUGAUGAGCAAGAAGGUGAUAUUCGAAAAGAAGUCAAAGACAGCAUCGCCAAAGCACGUGAUGAGAUCCGCAAAGGCAUGGAGGUCCUUGAACUUAUCAAGCCAUUGGAUGAUACCGCCAAGGCAUGGGAGGCUGAAUUGCAAGCGUUUGAAGAUGAAGAGCGUCGUAUCCACCAAGAUCGUACAUUGACAGAUGAAGGCACCUUCUCAUCCACACCUUCACCCAUUGGCAUGGAGAAGCAUUAUCGCACCGAGGAAGAUGAUUUCAUGGAUGAAAUUGAAGAAUUGGCUGUUCCUACUUGGGAAGAUGCUGAGAAGCCAAAGCAACAAACGUGUGAUGCCAAAUCUGUAUCGACAAUGGAUCAAUCAGUGGAUAGCGGUUCGACCAUGGUGCAUCAUAUCAACAAUGAAAAGCCGAAUCCCCAAAUGGUGCGCAUGCUUCAUCAAAUCCAAUCGGAUAUCAAGGUCAAAGAGGAAUUGGUGUCGCACUUGGAAAAGUCUGAGAACGAGUACAUCUUUAUGCGACGCAAAUUUGAUGAUAAGAUUGCCCAAUUGCAAACACAACUUGUUGAACUUCAACGUGAACGUGAUGAAGCUCUCGAUCGCACAAAGUCGCGUCUUCGAUCCAAGUCGGAUGCCUCUGUACAACAAAAGGAAAAGCAGCAAUUGAUUGAUAUUCGACAUGCUUAUGAGGCCAAGACCAAGCACUUGUUGACCGAGAUCCAGGAUUUGCGUCGCAAGUAUUCACAAAUGACCAGCACCAUGCAAGCAACACGCAACCAAAAUGAAACGUUGCUUCGUUCGUUGCGUGCCAAUGUUGACACUCUUCAAGUGGAAAAGAAGCGCAUGAUCAAACGUAUGCGUAUGGAAGCGGAUCGCGUGAGAGAGCAAAUGUCAACCCAAGAACGCCGUAUUCAUCAAUUGCAACGACAACAAGCUGAAGCCAACAUGGCCAAACGUCGUCUUGAACGUGAACAUGAGAACCAAAAGCAGAUCCUCAAGAAGCGCAACGAGGAAAUUCUUAUCAAUCAUAAUCAACUCAAGCAAAUGACCAACGUGUUGAAAAAGGCUGUCCGUGAAGGCGGCAUUUUGGAUGAACGUCUUUUGAGCAAGGUGUCGCAUAUUGUGGGUGGCAGCUUUGCCAUUGUAGCUCGUGGAAGAGGUCUUGGUUUUGGUCGUCGUCCUCGCAGCAACAAACGUAUCAAUCCCAUCCCUGUUCAAGAAAGAGCGGCACGUAAAAAGGAGCUCUUGGACAAGGCCCUUUCACAAUUUAUUCAAGGCAAACAAGCGAUUGUGGAAAUGGAGCAAUUGUUGGUGCGUCGUGAGCGUUUGGCCAAUGAGAAGCUUGAAUUACUUGAAGAGCGCAAGCACAUCUACUUGGCUGAAAAGGAGAAUGCCGAGACAACAGGCCAGCCUAUGGAUAUGAUGGCUGUGGAAUUGAUGGAUGAACGUGUCGAUCUCAUGUCAGCUGAAAUUUCUUACUUGAGUGCCCGUAUUCGUGCUUUGCAAUCGGAAGCUGCUGGUGAAUCCAUGGAAGAUGAAGCCCACGCCGUAACAACCACGGCAGCACGCAUCGAAAAGCAUGUGACAUUUGCUGAUGAAAUCAUUACCGAUCCAGCACCUACCGAUGAAUGGGCUGAUAUGGAUGCCUUUGAAGAGCAAUUCAGUGUCCCCAGCAAUGCAGCACCCGAGUUGGCCUAUGACAUGACGGUCAAGUUGUUAAAGUCACUUGAAGCCGAUGAAUGUAAACGCAUUGCCGAAUCCUUGGUGGAUGAUAUCAUGACAUUGAGAAUGAGCGAAUGCAAUCAUCAAGUCACUCAACAAAAUCUCGAAAAGUCAGUGAUGGAUUUACGACGUACGUUGAUUGUCAUGAAGCGUGCAGCGAUUGCCACCACCAUUGAAAAUGAGCGACGUAUUCGUAAGCUUGAAGAAAAGUCUGCAUUGCAUCAUCAAGAUGAUGAGGAAGAAGACGUUCAGGAGAAUCGUUCGAGAUCACCUACCGAUGAAAAGAUUGAGGAAUAUAUCAAUGGAGGCAACACGAUCUUUGACAAGAUUUACGAGGAUGGAUUACGAGGUCUUAUUGCUACCCCUGAACCAGGUGCUGAUAUACCAACCAUGGUAACACCAGCAAGUCCUCGCGGCUUUGACAUGUCACGAACACCUACGGGAUCGCCUCGACAUCACGAUGAAGACUUUGGACAUUGCUUAUCACCAUCAUUAGCAGCUACAGCCAAUGCAGCAGCUGCAGGAAAGCCACCACAGCCACUUAAGGAUCAAGAUCGUGAUAUUACGCCAUCGCCUGAUCGCUUUUACAACAUGAUCCAAAAACGGUUGUCAUGGCAACAACGUCAAGGUGGAUCCGAAUCACCUGUACCUAUUACAAUGAUCAGCCCAGCUGAAUUUGCACGCUAUGCAGCUGAUCAAGAUUCAUCCACAUCGUCGAUCCACAGUAGCCAUCUUCGACGUUCUUCCCUUCCAUCCGAUUAUUCAUCAUCUCAAUCACAGCAAUCAUGGAAUCAACAUCCAAGCAACGGCGUAGUGAAUCAAGUCCCUGAUGUACGUAAACCACGACAACGUUUAUCUUUGCGAGAACUUUCGACCCAUGGUGGUGGUGGUAAUGUGGAUGCCAUUCCUAAUAUCAGCAAUAAUGCAGCAGCAGCAGAAUACGAUCCACCCCUUCCACCUUCAUCACCACUCGCCAAUUACUCAUCCACAGUGACCACCUCAAAGCAAUACAAACGCCGUACCAUGCCUGCUGUUUUGCCCACCGAACAACGUCCUAGCACACCUGUCACGGGUAAUGUGUUUGAUCGUCUCUCACAAACGCCAACACGUGCAUCACGUGCCAAAAUGACACGACAUAGCAGUGGCAGCGUAGAAGAUCUCAGAUUAAGAUGGGACAGCUUUGAACAUCAAGAACGCUCGUCAAGUCCAUUUUAUUGA